AAAUGGAGAGCAAUGAGUCUAUUCUUUUACAACCGAUUCGACAUUUAACUUCGGUAAAGGAUGGUGAAAAUCUAAAAUCACAAGUUACAAGCGUUGAACGCUUGUCGAAGUCUUCGCGUCCACUACUUCCAAGCAAUUCAACUCUCAUAAUAAAUCUUCCUGAUAAUUCUACAACAGGAUUAGAUUGUUCACCAAAUGCCUUUUUAUCAGAAAUAAACCCAAAAAACAAAACACCUACAGCGUUAGUAGGAAAAGAUAAAUUUGAUUUAGAUCUACCCUUAUUUGUGAGCGCUAUGCACACUGGAUCACAUUUUUUCAUAACAUCAUUAUUAAUGAAUGGAAGUCUCUCAUUUAUAUAUAAGAGACCGGAAGGAAAAUCUGUCUCAGUAAAUAGUUAUUUUACAAGAGUAGUCCCUUGUGCUCUUUCCGCUGCACUCGAAAUAUGUAUGGCUAACGCAUCACUUAUGUAUAUUACAUUGAGUUUCUAUACCAUGAAUCCCCGUAUUCUUCUAGUUUUUAUAAUAUCUGUCAUAAGCACUGGAGUGAUUAUGACAGUAUUUGGAGAAACUGCGUUUAAUCUUACAGGUUUUUUGUUAGUAUUAGGUGCCGCAAUUUCUAGUGGUUUACGUUGGUCUCUAACUCAGAUGCUCCUUCAACAAGAAGAAAGCAUGAAUCAUCCAAUUGCUACUCUUUAUUAUAUUUCUCCAGUAAUGUUUAUUCUGAUGGUGAUUCUUUCCUUAAUUUUUGAAAACCCAUUUCACGAAUUUGGUCAUUCAAAACAUUUUAAGGAUGCUGAAACUAUUCUUAAAACACUUGGUUUGAUGUUAAUUGGUGGGAUUUUGGCUUUUUGUAUGACAAUGUCUGAAUUCGCUUUAAUCAAAAACACUAGCACAGUGACACUAUCAGUUGCUGGAAUAAGCAAAGAAGUUGUU